AUGAGUUUCGAAGAUGUUCUGUGGUAUGCGCGCCAGAAAUCGAUCGCGAUCUGGCUGGACGCUUUGGUGGACAGCGAAUCGGCUGACCCCGUCAAUGGCGACCACCUGUGGAUACCUCUGUGCAGCUGGAGUCUGACGAGGAGCUGUCAGCGUCGAACCGACCGGAAGCCGGUGAUGGAAAUGGCUGCGUUGGCGCCCGGUCUGCGGAAAGCGCAGCCGGCCGGCCGAACGGACGGACGGACGGACGGACAGAAAUUUCAGUCCAAUCAAUCGCCUCCGGUUUUUGCCAUUGGAACGGAAUUUCUAACUCGCUUUCAGGUACGUCGUCGACGGAAAAUGACACACUCCAAGCGACACUUUCCUUGGUUCACACCAACGCUAGUCAUGGGAAACCUGCGUCGAGAACGGUGGUUCUCGCUGACCGCCAUAUGGCCAGUGGUUAUAUUGUUAGUGAGUAAUCCGAUAUACCGAGCCGGCGAUGUCGAGGGUUGCAACUUCGACUAUGACCCUGAGUCUAAAUGGCGCUCCUGUGAGUGCCAACGAUUGACGGUGAACGCCAUAGAGGUGCUGUGUCAGUAUAAAUCGUGGAUGACGGUACCGUCGCUUCCGACCGGUGUGUUUUCCCAGUAUCAGAUCAACUCGCUGAGCAUCGUUCACGGCAGCCUGGUAUUUCUCAGUUACGACGCGUUCGACGGCCAUGACAUCCGGCUGCUGGACCUGAGCUACAAUCAGAUCGACUCGAUCAACUUCAACGCUUUCCGAGGUCUCGAGGACUGCCUCUACCAACUGUUACUCAACCACAACUCCCUCUCGCGUAUCCCUGUCAAACAGAUAGCCGAGCUGCGCCAACUGCAGCAUCUCCACCUGCGCUACAACCGCCUAGACACCGUCGAGCCGCAUGCCUUCCAAGCUGACCGACUGAUCAACCUCCGUUUCCUGUAUCUGGACUACAAUCAGCUGCAGAUGAUCCCCUCCGGAGCCUUUUCGCACUUACCGUUGCAACUGCUGACGCUGAAUAACAAUCGAAUCGAACACAUCGAGCCCGGAUCCCUGCCUGUCUCUCUAUGGUACGUGUUUCUUUUCAUUUUGGGAGCACUAGCGUUUUGCGAAGUGGUUUUUGUUUCAUCUCAAGCAGAACCAUUCCAUGAUUCACUCUUCGUCGGUACGUGCUCCUCGUUCAGAAGAGCUAAUGAAAUGCGGUUGUUGACCGACACGAUUCAGGAUGGGCCUUCGUGCUCUCGGUUGGCUUUCGCGGCAGAUGCCGAAUGA